AGGUGAGCUGUAAAGCCGAGGACGUUACUCCACGAAUCACACUCGGGGCCCGAUGGAGUCGCUGGAAUCAGCUGUGCAUCAUAUCUUGUUAUGAUAAACAAGUAAUGAACGGCAAAAACACACAACUAAACAAUGGAAGGGAUGUUGUAUAAAUGGACCAAUUACAUAAGUGGUUGGCAACCUCGCUGGUUUGUGCUUGAUGGAGGAACUUUAUCGUACUACGACUCUCAAGAAGAUGCCUGGAAAGGUUGCAAGGGCAGCAUUAAAAUUUCAGUUUGUGAAAUCCAAGUUCAUUCCUCCGACUCUACACGAGUUGACCUGACCAUACCAGGAGAGCAGUACUUUUACCUCAGAGCCAUCAAUGCAGCAGAGAGGCAGAAAUGGCUGGUGGCCCUUGGAACAGCCAAAGCUUGCCUUACAGACAACCGAACAAAGAGAGAAAAAGAGCUCCAGGAGAAUACAGAGGCACUGAAAACUAAGAUGUCAGAACUCAGAUUGUACUGUGACCUUCUUCUACAACAAGUAAACAAGAUCAAGGAGAAUGAUGAGCCAGGAGACUCAGCGGAGACAGGCAUAGACACUGGAAACAUGGUGAAGUCUACAUGCACCACUUUCCUGAAGACUCUAGAGGAAUGCAUGCAGAUAGCAAAUCGUACUUUUAGUACAGAUAUGGCAACGCAGAGUCCACCGGGAUCUCCUCCAGUAGCAGCCAUCAAACCUCAGAAGAUUAAACCCAUCAAUCAUUUAAAUCAAAACCUUGGAGAAAAAUGGAGAGAUUUGGUUGAAACCUCAGGAGAAGCAAUUGCAUAUGACAACCAGAGCCUUGACUCUGGAGCAGAGGGACCAGAUGAGCCAGAUAGACCAGAACACCAUUCUUCUUCCCCAUCAGACAUUGAUGCAGCCAACGGUAACAGUUCAGUCCACGAGGAGCCAGUCGAACCUUCUUUACACACUACCCAGAAUACCUCUGAGAUUGAACACUACGACCAACCAGCAGAGGGGGAUGAGGAAAAUGAAGCCGGUGAUCAAAAGGAGGCAAAACAAGAGCAGAAGCACAAACUGGACCAAAGUCAAGAGCAUGACAACAACAACAAGGAAGUGAAAGCUGUUGACCAGCCUCAGCACCAACAGGAAGCUGUUCCAGACCAGGAAGAGGCUCAGCACGAAGGCGAGACUUUCAGAGAUUCAACGGAGCCAGAAGACACAGAGCAGGUGGAAACUUUCUUCAGCACAAUGAGUCACAGAUUUAGUGAUAUAAGACUGGACGACGACAAUGGUAUCCCUACUCAAGAGUUUUUGGAAUCAUGCUAUGCAAUAGUGCCUGUAUUAGACAAGCUGGGAUCCACAGUGUUUGCACCAGUUAAAAUGGAUUUUGUUGGAAAUAUCAAGAAGAUUCACCAGAAGUUGAUGUCAGACGCCGACAGCUUCCCCACACUACAGUCCAUUGUGCUGUACGAAAUCCAGACAGACGUUGCCCGAGUGCGCAACUCGGCCACAGAGGCUCUGCUGUGGCUCAGACGAGGGCUGAAGUUCCUCAAGGAGUUCCUGUCAGAGGUCAAUGCAGGACAGCAAGACAUCCAGGGAGCAUUAAAUAAUGCCUACGGAAAGACCCUUCGGCAGUACCACGGCUGGGUCGUGCGAGGCGUAUUCGCUCUGGCGUUGAGAGCUGCCCCCUCUUAUCAAAGUUUCAGCGCUGCCUUAGUGACGAGAGAGGGCGAUGAGCUGCAGAGCGGCUUCACCAGCAGCAUGCACAGAGACCUGGGAGUGUACCUGCCUGCCAUGGAGAAUCAGCUGGCCAUCCUAGAUGCCCUGUAUGAAGAAAACAACCUAGAGUCGGAUGAAGUGGUGUGAAAACCCGAACAGAGAGAUGAUCCGAGUUCAAGGAAAGACAGAACCUGACGGCAGGGGCAGAGUAGUGGCUGACUGCUGGAGAAAGGUGCCAGAUGCAUCAGGCGCAUCUCGUGUGCAAAAUAGUGUGAGCAUGUCCCGUGUCAGUGUAAGGUGUUUCCAGUGGUUGUUAAACUCUACGACAAUAGAGGUAUGGUAGGUUUGAAGGAGGUAUUAAUGUCUGUAUUUAGGAGCCCACAAGGGGCAAAGUAAGAAUUAAUAGUUAAGACAUUAUGGCUUGACAAAGUGUAGUUUCUGGGUCUUGUUUAAAAGACCCCUGACAGUGUAGGGGUUUUAAGCCCUAUUAUGCAGACUCCAACCAUAAUGAUUCAUGGUGAUAUUUGUUUCUGGUGCACAUUUUGUCGCAGUAUAGUGGCUUUUAAGGUACAUGACCACAGAGUAUUUGGCUCUAGUAACUUCCCUGGAAGAUAAUUAGUGCUUGAACUGAUCAAAAUGCAAAGACAUUUUUAAUCCGGAUUGUUCUGUUUCCUUGGAUCCAUGAAACAGGGCGAUACUUGUAACUAACACAAAGCGCUAUUUAACACACAAAAAAAAAGUCAUAUUGUUACAAUACCCAAUAUAUGCCUUAAGUAUGUGAUGGAAUUGCAUACUGGGCUAACUAACAUGUUUUCUUGCACUGACAGUUGAAGUUUAGUUAAUUAUGUUUCUUUCCCUGAAAUUUUAAUAUAAAUCCUGCAGGUUGACAAUGUUUGUUGGUUUUACUUCACUAACAUGUUAUGAGCUAUUGCUCUAGAGACUUAACCAUGGGACCAAAAAGGAACUGUCAUGUGAAUGGCUUUAGCCUCUGCUGCCUACAGUACAACAACACACAAGAAUGAAAUAGUACAGUGUAGCUGUUAAAAUACUGACAACUGCUGAAUAUUUAUGUGGACUUCCUCUGCACAAACCUAUGCAUAGUAUGUAUUUUCAUAUAUUUAUUAUGUCUUAAGUUAUAAAGUUCACAAUAAUGUCAUGGGGAUCAUUUGAGUCCAGCUUUUUGUGUGAAUGAAUGGACAUUUGUAUCCAUAGAGCAUGUUUAUUGAUUGCAUGGUUUUUUGUAAUAAGUAACAUAGGUGCCAAUGGAAACUCUAAAUAUUAUUAACCAAGUUAAUAAAUAAUCCUAAAGGGGAUAGAUUGUGAAAGUUAAAUUACAUAGCUUCAACUUCUCCAUACUGAUAAUGAACAGUAACCUUCAGCAAACCUUCUCUACGGAUUUCAGCAUUUUUUCACCAUCUUGUCUGUGCAAUGUUCUAAAUAUACUUGAGUGUUGUUAACAUCUGUACCUAAUAUUUGAUUAUGUUGAUUCAGCAAUGAGUGGUAAGACGGCUCCACCUCCCAGCCAGGUUAGGGUUUGCCCAUAGAUUGACUGAGCCAUUCGAACCGAGCAGGAACAUCCUCAUAGGGCUUUUUUACCAAGACAUACCACAUAGUAUUUUUAACUUUAUUCUAACUUUUCUUCUGAGUUUUCAGGAAUACAUACGGUAAUAUUUCUUCGAGUAGGUCAUUUGCGGCAGGUUUACAUCACAUAUGUGCAACAGGUUGAUUUCCUGUUGUAGAUCAAUUCCAAUGUUAAUCCUGAAAAUUUGCUAUUGUAAUAUUACAAACAUUUGAUUUGGUUUUUCUAUGAUUGUAUAUAAGAAGCUUCUUGAUUUUUACAUAAUAAAUAAUUAAGUUGUCCCAG